CAAGGGGGCGCAGGCUCUCCACAAAUAGAGCAGAUGGCCAUGUUGCUCUUAAAGAUAAGGAAACCAGGCUAAUUGGGGAUUUAACUUGGGGUUGUUUACAACUGGAUGUUUUUACGAAGGUGUUCCUCUUAACCACAACUUCACAGAGCAUUAAAAGCCUUGAAAAUCCAUGUCCUCCCCUGAAAUAUCCUCCCUCUCCUGGGGCCUGAUGAAGGUGAAGGGAUGCUCCUCCAGCUACAAGGACUGUAAGGUCUGGCCUGGAGGCAGUCGGGCCUGGGACUGGAGGGAGACAGGGACUAAUCACUACCCGGGGGUGCAACCGGCUGAUGUGGAAGAAGUUCUGAAGAAGGGAAUAGAGCUGCUGGUCAUUGGAAGAGGCAUGAGUGAAGCUCUACAGGUCCCGUCUACCACUCUGGACUUUUUAAAGCAGAAAGGCAUUGAAGUCAAAGUUCUCCAGACUCAGAAGGCUGUGGAAGAAUACAACAGACUGGCUGCCGAAGGUGCCAAGGUGGGCGGCGUCUUCCAUUCGACCUGCUGAAGGGUCCUUCCCUCACCUCACCCAGCAGAUUCCUCCUCACUGUAGACGUACGUGGUGAGGCUGAAACGCCAAACCUUGCUGUUUGA